UGAUCCGAUCCAUCGUCUCCACUCAGCGACUGCGAGUAUGAAUUAUGGAGUUGGAAAGAGGAAUUAAACAAAAAGAUUUUGGCUCUUUUUGAUCUUCCCUUUUCCGGAGGAUUUUUACUUUACCUUUUCACAAUCAUUACAACUUUUCCCCAAAACAAAUCUCUCGCUGUAUCUUGAUUUUUGCUCCCCCCCAGCCACGAACUGCUGCUCCAACUCGGUUUUCUUUCCUGGAUCUGAGUGUUUUCCGUAAACAAACAAAUUCUUUUCAAUGCGGUUUGGAAAGGUGGAAGGAACUGAUUAGGUGAUAAUGGAGGUGUACAGGGAAAAGGAGGAACCCAGUAAAAGUGGGCUACUCGUCUCCAUUUCUUGUUUCCACUGAAAUCCCGCCGCCCUAGCUCUCUGCUUUCUUCAAUUCUGACAUUUCGAAUCUAUGGACGAAUCUGCCCUGGUGGAUGUUCUAAACGACGAAGAUAAGGUGGAAGAAAAUGCUUCUGGGAAACCACUUCUUGAGGUUUCGGUUUCCUUCGGUAGGUUUGAGAAUGAUUUACUGUCUUGGGAGAAAUGGUCGACCUUCUCCCCCAAUAAGUACUUGGAAGAAGUUGAGAAGUACGCAACACCCGGAUCUGUCGCUCAGAAGAGGGCUUACUUUGAAGCUCAUUACAAGAAGAUUGCUGACAGAAAGAGCAAGUUACUGGAGCAGGAGAGGGAAGAAAUGGAAGGCAAUACAACAGUAGUGUCAGAUGAAUUGAACGGUGGAGAAGAUCUAAUGAACAACAGUGAAAGACUUGAUUCAGAAUCUGAGACGUCUAACCACCAAGUUUCUGCUGUAGAAGUUGAGCAGAACACGACGUUAAUUGGUGAGGUUAGUGGUGUUUAUCAAGAUGAGGUGAAGGAUGAUGUUGAAAGUACCGCAGAAUGUGAAAGUUCACCAAAUGGCGAAAAGGAACAACCUGAUGGCAGAUUGGAAUGUGUUGGUUCCGAGACAAGCAAACAAGAAGAAGUUGUUGUGAAACAAGUAGAAACUCUUCCAGUUGAAUCCCGGAGCACUAAAGAGCCUCCACAAAAGUUGGUCAAUAAAAUCUCUGCAGUAUCUAAGGUCAAACAACAGGUUCUGAAACAAAAUCGACCAAAACAAUCUAAGGAGGUGAAACUAACCACUCCAGUAGUCAAGGAACGAAACAGUGCAAGUGUCAAGAAGAAACAGAUAUCAUCCACAGCCAAAGCACCCCAGAUUUCCACCCCCAAACUCUACAAGACAACACCAGGACCCACCACACCUGUUGCACGGUCUCCUGUGCCUCGGUCUUCCACAAAGAAGGGAAAUAAUUCAUCUUUGUCAAGGAGUCAAAAUCUGUCAUCUGGAGAAGUCAAGAAAGUCGCUCCUAAGUCUCUGCAUAUGUCCCUUAGUCUGGGAACUCCCAACUCUGAUCCGUCUUCUGGUACCGGAAUUAGAAGAUCUUUCAUCAUGGAGAAAAUGGGGGACAAGGACAUUGUAAAACGGGCAUUCAAAACAUUUCAGAACAGUUUCAACCAAAUGAAAUCAUCUCCUCAAGAAGAGAAGUCUUCUGCUCCUAAGAUGGUUCCUGCAAAAGAAAAAGAAAUAAGGAUCUCCACUUCCGUGGCCGCUAAAAAGGAGAAUGGAGGGUUGAACAAAGUAAGUAGUACAAUAAGAGGUACAGAGAGCAGAACUGCCAGAGUUGCUCCAUCUCAGAAAUUUGAAGGAAAAUCCAAUGCAAAAGUGGCAGGGAGAACUAACCUCCAAUCAAAAUCUAAGGUUGCCCCAUCUCAGAAAGUGGAGGAUAAAUUUAAUGCUAGAGAGGGAGGAAGAACAAAUCUUCUAUCAAAACCAAAGGAUGCUUCUAAGAAUAGGCUGCGCUCUUAAAUUUGUUGAUUGGAAACGAAUUAUCAGCUACCAGGAAAUGCAUCGACAAUGGGAACUGAAUCAGAUUGGACGAUGAUGAAAAUUACUUCUCCCUGAUGGCCCCAUGUCAUGAACUCAUUGUUUUCCCUGAAAGUCCACCCAGAGUCUGUAGAUUGGAGUGGGUUGGAUCUACAAUGAACAAGCAGACGACGUCAUGUUUAUGAGGUCUAUUAGCAGUAUACAGGAAGGUCGGGGGUCCCGAAACAGCCCCCAUUUAUAUAUAUCUAAAGGGAAUCUCUUUGUAUGAUGUUGAAUUGUCUUGGAAUUGCCUUAUUUUUCUUUAAGAUAGCUGCAAAUGUUAUAUAUAUAUAUAUAUAUAUUGUAUACUUUGUAGUUUGUAGUCCCCAGUUGCUAUAUGAUGUUUGAUGAUACUACAAUUUUAGAUUAGAUGGACAACUUCGGAUUGGCCAUGUUUUUAA